AUGCUGCAUGGUCUCGAAUCGGAUUUGGCUUUUCUCGUUGUCGUCGAUGUCGUCUUGAAGGCAAGACACAAGAAACCGAUUUUAUUUUAUUUUUUGAUGUCACAAACGGACCUAACAUUGGCACACCUUAUCUUAUUACAGGUCCGGCCUGCGUCGCUAUAUAUUAUGGCGACUAUCGUGCAGGGUUUUCGAGCAGACUCGGUUGGUUGGCAAAGCAAUUCCGGCCGUCGAGGCACGAUGGAUAUUAUACAAGGUAGCAUUUUCACAAUUCUGGCCUGCACAUGGAGUAUUCAGCAUCUCAACAUCCCCAGCCUAAAAGACGGCUUCUGGGCGAAACUUUUACGGAGAUUCAAGUGGACUCUCUUGACUAUAUUACUACCAGAGUUCCUCAUGGCCCAUGCCAUUUUUGAGCUUACCAUGGGGCUUACGACCAUGAAAGCCAUGGAAACCGCAAUAAUCUCUGCAAAUGACAGCGGUAAUGCUACCAAUGCUAUACACGUUGUGUAUCCCUGGUGGCGUCGAAAAUUUCCCUGGUGGCGGGGAGAAAAGGUCGACGCAGAUACCAGACAUCAAUGGACACUAACGCAUUCCUACUACGCAAACAUGGGCGGAUUCUGCGUUGAGGGUCCUCCAUCCUCCGUAAGGAAAGAGCAGCCUUCCAUUGCUUUAACAGGGCCGCAAAUUGCCCGGACGGCCAGGGGCUUGGACUUUUCCCAGCUUGAAUUGAUCACAUUAGCCUUCGCAGCAUGCGGCGUGUUCACGUACGCGGCACAAUGGUAUAAACCGCAGAAUGUGGACACGGCUACGACAGUCAAACUGCGUGCAGAGGCUGGUUCGGAGCAAUACGAGAAGAUGAAAUCCCAGGAAUACGAUCGGUUCUGGCAGGCCGUGCGGCAUGUUCAAGGAGAUACCGAACGGAUAUACGAAGGCCGUGUUCCAAACGACUAUCUGCCGCAAUAUCGAAUUCCUGAUAACAAGGGGCUGGUCGCGUUCUUGCAGGUACACCCAGUUCUUUAUGCCCUGACUGUCAUAAGCGUUGUUCUGGGGAGUCUUCAUUUGAUUGCGUGGAAUUUUCAGUUCCCAACUCGAAUCGAGCAGAUUUGGUGGAGGACUGCGGCCCUCAUAUCAGUGGGCUUGCCUCCUAUUGCCCUACUUUUAGUCCCGGUCUUUGCUUCUUUGCACAGGCGACUCAGAACAGUAAAUGCAUAUCAGUUUAUGGGGACUCUCUUGUUCGUAUUGAGAGAAUUUACCUACCAUCUCGAAGAUCAAUCUGAACGGAGGCAUAUGUUGACGGUCUUGGAGGAGAUUGAGGCGGUGUAUGAAGCACCACAAGUACACUUGGGGAAACAUGAUUACAGACGGCUACUUCUUCAUAAUCGAGUUGGGAUGAGUGUAAUCCAGGAUGCUGCGAGAAUACAGCUGUUGAAAAAUAUGACCACGUUCCUCGCAGACAGAACUUUCAUUGGAACAAAGCCCUUGGUUUCGAAGGACUUUUAUUUUCAGUUUGUUGAUAUGUUAACCAAAAUUGAAAGUGAUAGCUAUGCAAAUGAGGCCGUGAGGUUAGACCGAUACCCACCAUUAAGGCUGCGAUGGCCGGCCAUCAUUUUCACCGCAACUGGCGUCAUAUAUUGCGCCUCCCGAUUGAGCAUUAUUGCAUUGGCAUUGUCCUGUUUAAGAUCAAUGCCAGACUCCGUUUACGUCACUACUUGGGCGACAUACAUACCGGAAAUACAGUGA